AUGAAUACAGAUGAAUCAAGUAGUAAUAUAGAUGAUUUACAUGAGAUAAUAGAAGAAAAUAAUGUUAGUUUAUUAAGUGAGAAAGAAAAUAAACCAAUUGCAGAAAGUUCUACUAGAAUUCUUUCUGAAACUGAUACUACAGAUACUCAAGUAAAUGAUAUGUUAAAUGAAGCUUUAGACACACGAAAUAAGAUUCUGAAUUCUUUACAUUAUCUUGAUACUACUGAUCAAGCUGUUCAACAUCUUGUUCAAGAUAUGAAAGUAUAUAUUAAUGUUAUUAAAGAGCCUGUUAUAACAGAAGAAUUACUUGAGAAUAGUGAAAUUAUUGAUAUGUUUUAG